AUGCAGACGCAGUAUUUCCGUUCGCCGAAUAGUCAAGGCCAACCGGGCGUUUCCUAUGAGUUGCCGCCGGUACAAUCGGUAACUUCGCCCUCAGGUCCUUUUCCACAGGCUGGCCCUCCACCUACUCUUCUUUCCGCUCCGCCGAGUAGACCUGCUAGCGGAUUGAGAAUGGCUCAUCUUUUGCAACCACUGCCGCACCAGAUGUCAAACCCUCCCCCUCCUCCCCCGCCUUCAUCAUACUCACGAUCCUAUGAAUCAAGCGGCUCGCCGGCCGAAGGCGCCUCUAUUCUUCCGGAUGCGCCACCGCUCAAUGGUUCGGCACCAGGGUCUUCGGGGCUUCUUCCUCAGCCCAGUGGUACUGGGGGGCAGCAGCAAAUGCAGCAGCCGCUGCAACAGAAGAGAGCCUAUCGUCAGAGGAGGAAAGACCCCAGUUGUGAUGCGUGUCGUGAGCGCAAAGUCAAGUGUGACGCUUCGGAGUCGUCUAGUUGUACAGAAUGUACAAAUCGCAAAGUGCGAUGCCAGUUCACGAAAGAAACCAACAGGCGCAUGUCGUCUAUCAAGCAAGUACAGGACUUAGAGAAGCAGCUUCUAUCAACCAAGCAGCAAUUACAACAACUGCGAUCGGGCAUGCUGAGGCCGGACAACCUGAUUGAUCUCGAUGUUGAUGGAACCGGACAGUCUCAAUUGAAGCUCCCUGACAUUGGGUAUCGGCCACCACGCCAGCCAAGAGCUCCGGUAUCACAGGACCUAACCGAAGCCCGAGCCAAUCUGCGAAAGUACGGAAGAGGAAUCUUGAAAGUCCCAACUCCGUAUCGCCAGCCGGGUCCGAAAUCGCUCCUAGCAUCCGAUCCUCCACCGCUUCCCCCGAAGGAGGUUGCAGACCGUCUCCUCACGCAAUACUACGAAUGUAUUCAUUCGGUCCUGCCAGUAGUUCAUUGGCCUAGCUUCGUGACGGAGUAUGAAAAGGUUUACAAAACUGGUACCCUUCUGGGCCUGCCUCGAGAGUGGGCGGCCGUUCUGUUUGGUAUCUUCGCUUGUGGUUCACUUCACACACUGGAAAAGACUAGGGAACACGACGGUAAAGAGUUCAUAAGAGUCUCCUGCGGGGUCAUCGAUGUCUGGAAGGACAAUUUCACCUUGGAUCAAGCCCGAGCCGCGCUUUUGGUUAGUCUUUUCCUCUACGAAGUCAACGCGAAAUCAGCCAGUUGGGUAUGGAUCGGUUCUGCAGUGAGAGUAGCGCAGGAGAUAGGACUGCAUCUUGAGUCAGGGCCGUGGUCAGCCCUCGAAGGGGAAAUGCGCAAGCGAUUAUGGUGGGGAGUGUAUGCCUGGGAUAGGCUUCUCGCCCUGGAAAUGGGAAAACCAGUCCUUAUCAACGAUCAAGAUUGCGACGUUGACCUUCCUUGUCCAGUCGACGAACGGUGUAUUUCAGGUGGCAUUGUGGCGGAAAGCCAACAGACCACUCCACUCCUGGCCACUAUACAUGUCGUUCGGUCGAUAGGUCAAUUGGUCCGGACGUUGAGAAGCUCCACGAUCAGCCCGGCAACCUUGGAAAUAUUCGAGCGACACUUUCAAACUUGCCAGGCCACAUUUCCUCCGCAGUACCAUCCGAAGUCCGACCAGUAUCUCGAUCCCCGCUCUAUCCUCCCACUUAUCUACUUGCAAAACGCCCGUCUGAUCCUCUACCGUCAUAAUAUUUCCCCUUUUUGUGCCCCCGAAGUCCGAUCGUUGGCACUUGACUACUGUGUUUCAAUCUCUCAAGACACUGCUCACCUCCUUUCACGCUGCAUGCGGGCUCCUUCGGGUUCUCCUGGUUACUCUUCGCCUCCUGGAAAUGAUGAUUGGCGGCCUUUGUUGGCAUCCUCCGCGGGAACUGUGCUCUGCACACACAUCUGGCGUUGUGUGCUGGUGUUGCUGUUCCGUCAGGAAUAUGAUACCGCAUUUGUGUGUGUCCGGGCAAGUGCUGUGGUUGGAGACUCCCGGUCUGUCAACGCAGCCUGUGGGCGGUACAUCGCAUUUUUCUUGAAGUGCCUUGUGGACCGGCUACGCCGCCCCGACGGUGUCGAUCCCGAGCGGGACGAAGAAAUGUUGGCGUAUGUGUCGGGCGACAUGCAAGGUACAACUGGUGGCAGCUGGGUGUGGCAAGGCAGUGAGACUGGCUCUCAGCUGGAGACAUUGACUGACUUCGGUAGUCCUGUCCCUAUGCCACACCCCGGUGCCCGAGACAAUCUGUCUACUGGGGAAGUAGAAGAUUGGGAAGGAUGGGAUUGGGUUGAACAGACGGUUCAAUAUCUAAUCAGUGAGAAGCAAAAACAACAGCAGGAAUACAAUAGAAUGGAUGUGCAGACUAGCCCUGGGGGUGAUGAACCAGCACCUCAGCCACAGUCAACCUCAUCCCAUUCACGCAUGACAAUCGCAAGCAUCAUCUAA